GUGCGCGUGCCACCUCGCCACGAGACACCUCUUUCCGGCUCCGCGAGUCCGCUCCGCCUCCUUCACGGCGGCCCUGCCUCCACCACGUGACCCAGGGAUGGCCGCGGCUUCCUCUUACUGCCGUAGUUCCGCGUCUCGGCGCUCGACGCUCCUGGGUGCCAUUGCCUGCCUGAGUCACGUGUCAGGGGGAAGCUGGAAGGCAUCGUUCUCCUUUCCCAGCCCCCCUGCCUGUCCGCCAUGUUUUCAGGCCGGGUCUGGCUUGGUCUUCCCCCAUAAGGAAAUGGCCGGGGAGCUCCAGGGGACCCAGGCGCCGUCGCUGCGGCGGAGCCUGGGCUGACCAGCCAGGACAGCGGGGUAAACCCGAACAAUUCUGCGCGAGGUAGGGAGGCCAUGGCGUCCGGCAGUAACUGGCUAUCCGGGGUGAAUGUCGUGCUGGUGAUGGCCUACGGGAGCCUGGUGUUUGUACUGCUGUUUAUUUUUGUGAAGAGGCAAAUCAUGCGCUUUGCAAUGAAAUCUCGAAGGGGACCUCAUGUCCCUGUGGGACACAAUGCCCCCAAGGACUUGAAAGAAGAGAUUGAUAUUCGACUCUCCAGGGUUCAGGAUAUCAAGUAUGAGCCUCAGCUCCUUGCAGAUGAUGAUGCUAGACUGCUACAACUGGAAACCCAGGGAAAUCAAAAAAUCCCAUUUCAUUCUGAAGGCCGGCAUCCCCGUUCCUUAAUGGGCAAGAAUUUCCGCUCCUACCUGCUAGAUCUGCGAAACACUAGUACACCUUUCAAGGGUGUACGCAAAGCCCUCAUCGAUACCCUAUUGGAUGGCUAUGAGACAGCCCGCUAUGGGACAGGGGUCUUUGGCCAGAAUGAGUACCUACGCUAUCAAGAGGCCCUGAGUGAGCUGGCCACUGUGGUUAAAGCACGAAUUGGGAGCUCUCAGCGACACCACCAGUCAGCAGCCAAAGACCUAACUCAGUCCCCUGAGGUCUCCCCAACAACCAUCCAGGUGACAUACCUCCCCUCAAGUCAGAAGAGUAAACGUGCCAAGCACUUCCUUGAGUUGAAGAGCUUUAAGGAUAACUAUAACACAUUGGAGAGUACUCUGUGAUGGAGCUGAAGGACUCUUGCCGUAGAUGAAGCCAGUCAGUUGCAGUGUGCAAGACAGGCUGCUUGCCGGGCUGCCCUGGGGACAUCUGACUCAGCAGGCCCAGACUGUAUCCAUCGAAGUUCCCGUUGUAUCCAGAGUUCUUAGAGCUUGUGUUUAAAGGGUAAUUCCCCAACCUUUUCUUAUGGGCAUUUUUAGAACAUUGGCUAAGACUAUUUUCCCCCAGUAGCACUUUUUUCUGGAUUUGCAUUCAGGUGUUAUUCUUAAUGUUUCUGUCAAAGCUUCUUAAAAAUCUUCACUUGGUUUCAGCCAUAGUUCACCUUCCCUGUUCCAGGUUUAUUUAAUUCCAAAGGUGAGAGUUGGAGAGAGAUGUCUUCCAUAUCUAUACCUUUGUACACAGUUGAAUGGGAACUGUUUGGAUUUAGGGCGUCUUAGAGUUGAUUGAUGGAAAAAGACAGGAACUGGUGGGAGGUCAAGUGGGGAAGUUGGUGAAUGUGGAAUAACUUACCCUUGUGCUCCACUUAAACCAGAUGUGUUGCAGCUUUCCUGACAUGCAAGGAUCUACUUUAACUCCACACUCUCAUGAAUAAAUUGAAUAAAAGGGAAUGUUUUGGCACCUGACAUAAUCUGCCAGGCUAUAUAACAGUAGGAAGGAAUGAUUUCCCCUAACAAGCCAAUGCACUGGUCUGACUUUAUAAAUUAUUUAAUAAAAUUAACUAUUAUCAAAUAAAACAUGAAUCAGU